GCCUUUUCGGUGCGCAGAGGCUCUACAGCAGCUCAUCACAUGAUUCUUCUCUUGUGACAAUCCAGACAGAAAGGAAAACCUUCCUCACUUCCAGCUGAGUUACAAGGUGCUGCGAUGACAGAUGACUGUUGUUUUGGUACCAGAGGACCAACCGCGGGCAGGGAAAUGGAGUUAAGUUAACCAUUACCAGACUGACUCAGCUCAUUCCUGUCUCGAAAAGUGGACGUUUGGUAAAUAUUUGGGGGGGUUGUUGCGCCGAGGGGGACAAAGUUGGCGCAUGGAGAGGGACGAAGUUUCAUUUUGGCGCAGCGUCUUUUCUUUGUUUUCUUUGUUUUUGUCGCCACCGCGUCGCGCGACAACAAAAGCCAACUAAAGCCGGAGUUCAGUUUCUUUUCUUUUUUUUUUUAAAAAAAGAAACCCUUUUUCUGUCGCCGAGUUUAUUUAAGUUGAGGACGGAAGAAAAACGAGACAACUCGAGGACGCAUUACGUCGGGUGAGAUGGUGGACAGCAAACCUCUUCUUCAGGACAGACCUCCCGCCUACAACGCCGUCCCCGGGGCUUAUGAGUACGGCCCGCAGCAGCACAGCUAUGGGGCCAUCCCGCAGCCGGCCCCGCCGCCCUACCCGUACCCCGACGGCCAAGGAUACCCAUCAGCCCAAAUGGCCCCUGCUGUAUCCCAGCAGCCCUACACUGGGACCUACACCAUCAUCCAACCCUCUGUAGUGGUGGUGGGAGGCUGUCCGGCCUGCAGGAAGUUCAGGAACCUGGUUGUGUAG